GAGCUAUCUGCAAAAUUAGUCAAAUACACAAGAAGUGAAUCAAGCGAUGGAGAAGGAAAAGAAGUAAAGAUGUGGUAUUGGCCCCUGGUGAAGUGUGUGACUGUGAGGGUGCCUAACAAUGAUCUUCUCCAGCAUGUCACACUUGUGGAUCUUCCUGGAAAUGGGGACCGUAACAAGAGCAGAGACAAGAUGUGGAAAGGGGUUGUUGGAAGUUGCUCUACUGUGUGGAUUGUGACUGAAAUGAAACGAGCAGCAGCAGAGGAUGAAGCCUGGGACAUCCUGAAAAGUACCUGUAGCCUCAUCGGAAAUGGUGGCGAGUGUCAGCGCAUCCACUUUAUCUGCACCAAGUCUGAUGAAAUUGGAGUUUUGGAUGAUCG